AUGGUCACCUACGCCGACCUGUACACCGAUGCUCUUCGUGGCUCACGGCGUUUGCUAGCCUCUGGGCUGAAGCCCGGUAGUGACAUUGUCGUCGCAAGUUUCGCGGACCAUGAACGACACAUCCGACUCUUCUGGUCCUGUUGCUUCGCUGGUAUCACCAUAUGUCCCCUCCCUCCGCUCCAUCCGGAUCCGUCCCGCAGGGCCGCAUUCCUCGCACAUUUACAGGGCCUUCUCCACGGUCCACUCGUCAUAACAGAUGAUGUGACAGUCGCAGACGGCAUCAAAGCUGCUGCACCAGAGUUGCGGACCAUGUCUUGGGAGACCCUUUCGGCAUUCGAUACUGCCGGUGACUCGAACGAUCCUGCAUCUACAUUCUAUCCCAGAUCGGGCUCCUCAGACGAUAUUGUCUGUCUCAUGCUGACGUCUGGGUCUACCGGAAACUCCAAAGCUGUUCCCCUUCGCCAUUCCAACAUUUUGUCUGCUGUACGCGGGAAAGCCAAGUGUCACGGGACAACGUCGAGCUCGGUGUUCCUAAACUGGAUUGCAUUUGAUCAUGUCGCGUGUGUCACAGAAGUUCACAUACAUGCUAUGGUAGCAAACGCGAGCCAGUAUCAUGUCGCGCCGUCGGCGGUCAUUCAGCGCCCGCGCGCCCUGAUCGAGUGGUGCAGUCGCUAUCAAAUCACCUACUCCUUCAGUCCGAACUUUCUCAUGGCUCAACUCUGUCGCGACGUCGCGGCGUCGCCCUAUGAGCCUGGAGCCCUGGACCUGUCCACGCUUGUCGCUUUUAUUACGGGAGGAGAAGCCGUGCCGGUCAACACGGCCAUCGCAUUUGCCGAUCUCCUCGAGUCUUUUGGUGCCCGCCGUAACGUAAUACGGGCUGGAUUCGGCAUGAGCGAGACUGCCGCUGGCUGUGUCUACAACACUCGUCCCGUUGUACGCGAUGAGAACGCAUCGGCAGAGAAGUAUCUAUCCUUGGGUCGGUGCGCCUUGGGUAUCACUUUGCGCGUCGUCUCGCCUCACACUGGCGACGUAUGUGGCCCAGUCGAGCCCGGGCAACUGCAGAUGAAGGGCCCGACUGUCUUCCGCGAGUAUUACAACAACGUCGACGCAACAACGGGAUCGUUCACUGCUGACGGCUGGUUUAUCACCGGAGACAGCGCGAUGGUGGACAGUAGCGGAGAUCUGCACCUCGUCGGUCGGGACAAGGACCAGAUCAACAUCAAUGGUGUCAAGCACCCGAGCGUUGACGUUGAGCACUUCGUCGAGGACAGCGGCAUCGACGGCGUCAUGCGCUCCUUCGUGUUUGUCUGCCCCAUGCGCCUGGCCGACAGCGAUACCGACACGUACGCGGUGUUCUACCAGCACCGUAUUCACGUUGAGGACGAGCUGAGCGAGAUCGAUGUCGCCACUAUUCACGAAGCAAAUCGCGCGAUUCGCAAGUGCUGCAUCGUGAUGUGCUCGCAAGCACCCCAUGUCGUCCUUCCUCUUCCCCGGAAAUCGUUCUCGAAGACGGCUCUUGGGAAGGUCUCGCGAUCGGCUCUGAUGACGGCUUACCUCGCUGGACAGCAUACCGCGCUGGAACAUCGCUUACUGCCGCUCUCUAACGGGUCGACUACCAAGGUUGGACCGCACGAUGCCGUCGAAGAGGCCGUCUUCGAAGCCGUCAUAGACCUUACACGUGUCCAGCGUUCCGACAUCACUCGCGACUCCAAUCUGUUUGCCCUGGGCAUGACGUCGAUGCACCUGGUCCAGCUCAAGAACCGUCUUCAGUGUGAGCUACGAAUCGAAGACAUUCCGAUCAUCGCUAUGCUGCGUCACUCCGAACUCGGCGAGCUGUGCGAUUGCCUUCGCGAGCUGCAGGCGAACGUCGGGUCGCAGCCGGAGGCCCAGCGUUAUAUCCCACUGGUCCCUUUGCGUCCCCAAGGACGCAAGCCGCCCAUCUUCCUCUUCCAUCCCGGAUUCGGCGAGAUCCUUGUGUUCGUAAAUCUGGUUCAUGCGAUGCCCAAAGAUUAUCCUCUCUACGCCCUUCGCGCCCGCGGGUUCGACCCGAAUGAAGACGUUUUCGAGUCGAUGGAAGAGAUGGUCGGUGUGUACCUUGCCGCUGUCGAGGCACGCCAGCCUACGGGUCCGUACUAUCUGGCCGGAUACAGCUUCGGGGGAGUGAUUGCCUUCGAGAUCACCAAGGCGCUAGAGGCCAAGGGUGAGCGCGUCGCAUGGCUCGGCAUCUUCGACCUGCCGCCUAUCAUUAGGCCUCGCAUGUACGAACUCACCUGGCCGGAGAUGCUGCUAUACCUGUGCAUGUUCAUCGCCCUUGUUGAUCCUCCCAACUUCGAAGCGACCAGGUCCCAGCUGUACGCUGCCUUUCCCGAGCUUUCUGGUCUGUCCACCGAGCCGACGAACGGUGAACAGAUCUUAGACUGGCUGCUCCCCCGCACAGAUCAGAAACGACUCCGCGAGCUCCAGAUGUCCACUAGCGAGCUGAAAACCUGGAUGCAUGUCGCGCAUUCGCUUUCCGUGCUUGGGCGUACGUACGAGCUGUCGCCACUCAUAGGCGAUACCGAGGUCACUGUCUUCUGUGCCGCUCCGCUGCCUUCUAUGGGCACGCGUGAGGAACACAUGUCGGAAAGGAUGAUGAAGUGGAAGGACUACUGCGCGAACCUGGAGCUUGUGGAUGUCGCCGGCGAGCAUUACACCAUGCUCUCCGAAGAGAACGUACAAUCCUUCGUACAGGUGUUGUGUUCUGCCGUUGAUCGUGCGUCCGAGCGCAACAAGGCGGCCCCCAACUUGCAGAAGCUGGACGCCGAGGGCGUUCCCACUGUCGAUUUCUCUCUAGCGCAGACGGUUCGAGGGGAGCGCAGGAAUUGAGAUGCGCCCAGCCCGAUGAUGGAGGUGUCAUGGCUUGCUACGAUUCUCUUGGACUUGUUCAGUUGUACGACUAGUUGUGGCUUGUGAUCAUGGUCGAUUCGGGGGGUUUUCUUUUUCUUUUUCUGUGAUAUUCUAUUCGGCAUACCCAACAACUUUCUUUCUCCUUCUGACCAGUAUUCGUGGCUCGUUGCCCCUUUUACUAGAUGCCUCAUCGUAGCUAGGUUAGAGUACAUAGAACUGGGCCUUUGGUAGCAUCCCUAUUAUAACCGAUCCAGUAUAGACCGCGUAGAAACAUAUUGCAACUCUCCAACUCCGGCUGCUUCGGUAGAGCGGUUUCGGACGCGUCUCGAGAGCUUUAGGUUUCACUCUUCCUUCAAAAUGCCCGGCACCAUGAGGCGGCGACGUGCGGGGCGCAAUUAUGAGGAUGAGGGUCCAGAGCUAACUUCCGGAGAAGAUGACCAGUUGGCCAUGCGCUCCGCCGGAAAAGUCUGAGCAUCUGCACACGCGCCAGACUACUUGGAGCAGGAGCUAGAUAGUAUGCUCUACUCACCAUCUACCGUUUCUCCUGUCAUCUAACAACGACCCCCAGUCAUCUUCUGCGAUAUCAAGUGGAUUCGCCCUUGCCGAACAUCACAUUCGCGCGCCGACGUGGGUCAAGCUUGAGAUCGACCAGACACGUAUCUGGAAGAGCCGGUUGCGCAAGGACUCCUGACCAAAAUGCGGCAGCUGGGCGGUCCGGCGCCAGCACUGCUGCGUUCAGAGUGACGCAUGCCAGAGCUGUGCGAGGCGAUGUCCUCGGUUUUUCGAUGCCGCACGGCCAUAGAGAUGUCUACAAAUCAUACAAAGCAAGUCCUGAGCGACAAGUCGGUGGUAACACGUGCGAGUAUUAUGGCGGCCCCGAUAGCACACUGACUGACUCAGAACCUGGAAAUACUUUGCAAUAACGUACGGACAAGCAAGCGCGGGUAGCACAGACUCGGGCGGGCGACUGCAGAGCUUUGUGCGCGCAUCUCCCUAGUCCACAUAUGAAUGAAAUCUUCCGUUCCAGGAACAGGGAGUGCAGCUCUUUCAGAUAUCGCCCUGCCGUCUCCUUCGCGUGACAUCUCGCUACGAAUGCGGAAUGCUUCAUGGCGCCCUCCGUCUGGGCCAGCUCUGCGUACCUGCACACAAUCAGCUUUG